GUGGCGACGUUCUGUGCGGAGUGGGCGGAUAUAAACAUUCCAGUUGUCUGAGUCCUGGGGUCGACAAUAUCUCCCAAUAAUAGAUGUAAAUAAGGUUGAUUGACUGUUAGAUUAAAUUAUCCCAGGAAAAAAUGUCCAAAUUUGUGUACUGAUUGAAUAAACCUGUCGUGCGGUUCAUGUGUUAACAGCUCCGUAACUUGCUUCCCGUGAGUGUGUGAGUCAUUGUAUGCGCGCAAGUUUAAUAAAUUUAAUAGAGUAAAAUGGCUUGGCGUUUUAAGGCUUCCAAAUAUAAAAAUGCGGCGCCCAUAGUACCGAAACCGGAGGCAUGCAUACGUGACAUAUUUGUGGGUUCAUAUCAAACGUAUGGGAAUAAUAUUACUGCUUCCGCCACUUUUAUGGCAUUUAACGUCGAUCACAAUGGUUCAAGUCUUGCUGUUCUUCCGAUUGAUGAUUGUGGACGUAAGAGCAAGACCAUGCCCUUGCUCCAUGCACAUAGUGACACUGUUACAGACAUGGACUUUUCACCAUUCCAUGACAAUAUUUUAGCAACAGGAUCGCAAGACUGCCUUGUGAAAAUAUGGCAGAUUCCAGAAAAUGGGCUGGAAGAAAAUCUCACAAACUCGGAGUGCACGUUUUCACACAAACAGCGCCGUGUGGAAACAGUCUGUUUUCAUCCAGUAGCAGAUUGUCUCUUGACAAGCACAUCAUUCACCACUCUUACCUUAUGGGAUAUCCUUGCAGAGAGAGAACUGUUCUCAAAUGCAGACCAUUGUGAUGUAAUCCAGUCUGUAAGUUGGAAAAAAGAUGGAAUACUCUUAGCUACAUCCUGCAAGGACAAACAGGUGCGGGUUGUCGACCCACGGGCUUCUGUACCCAUCAGUCAGUCAGCCAACAGCCAUCAGAGCAUCAAAGACUCUAGAAUUGUUUGGUUAGGGGAUUCUAAUAGAAUACUUACCACUGGCUUUGAUUCGGGCCGACAAAGAGAAGUUUACAUAAGAGACUUAAGAAAUUUUGAAGAAAUUGAAAAAAGUUUGGUUCUGGACAGUUCAACAGGGGUCCUGAUACCUCUGUACGAUCCUGAUACUGGGAUGUUAUUCUUAGCUGGGAAAGGAGACACAACAAUUGCUUAUAUGGAGGUGACAGACAAGGAGCCAUAUCUGGUUGAAGGCAUUAGGCACAAUGGUGAUCAGACAAAGGGAGCAUGCCUUGUUCCCAAGCGAGCCCUUGCUGUCAUGCAGGCUGAAGUGAACCGUGUACUUCAGCUGACGUCAUCAUCUGUCAUACCAAUUAUGUACCAGGUGCCUCGCAAGUCAUAUAGAGAUUUUCAUGGGGACCUCUUCCCAGAGACUGCGGGAAAUGUUGCACCAAUUUCUGCGAGUCAGUGGAGUAGCGGGAUCAAUGCUGAAGUGGCACGUGUUAGCCUUGAUCCAGCAAAGAGGCACCUAGUAGAAACUGGUUCGCAGGUCAACAGCAGUACCCUUUCUGAAAUGCGAAAACACCUUCAUCUAAAGCAGUAUGUGACAAGCUCACCACAGCUACAGCAGCAGAACAAGAAACAACAACUGAGUUAUAGAUCAAAUGCAACAAAGGAAGAAGAGACAAAGAGCACACAGCAGAAUGGAGAGACGACUCAUGACCAUCAGAAUGGAACAGUGACAGUUGUCCGCAGCACGGCUGCAAUUCCUGGACCUGUCCCACCAAAGCCACUGCCCAGAUCAUCACGUCAGAGCUCAUUGACAGAAGCUGAUGAACCAAUAGUUGCAGCAGUACCUGCCCCGAGGCCAGUUGCAAGGCCUCGAAUGGGUACCACUUGCCCCUCCAGUGUAUCAAGUCAGGCUGCUGUGCCAUCCCAGCAGCCUCAAGUAUCUCAAGAAUCUGUACAGCCACAGAUUUCUCCAGUUGGCACUGUUCCUCCUCCAGCUAGUGUCGUCACUCCGGUGAACCCCCUGAUGCUCAGCUCAGGGGGCUACAAGCCUCGGCUUGGACCUAAACCAUUUACACCACCUAAAUUAAACUUUGGUGUGGGAAGUGGAGAUGCAGAACUAAAAAUAACAACAGAUUUCUCAUUUGAUAAAGUAUUUUCUGUCCCAUCUGUCCCCGCUGCGGAGGUCAAUGGAGCUGUGGCAACAAGGGAAGAAAACAGCAAUGAUGUGCACACAGACGACAGUGCGCCAGAAACAUAUACAGAAACAUUCCCUGUAGAUUGCCAAGAAAGUGAUAAAAAUGAAGUAUGUGCUGUGGUUGGAGAUCAAGACAUAAGUCCCACCACAGAAGAUGAACUUCCAUCUUCACCAAACAGUAAAGCAAAAACACCAAGCACAGCAGAGAGAAGAAAGGUUUUCGAGAAAAGGAUAAGUUCAAUGACUGCUGAACAAGAUUCUGGAUCUGGGACUGUGGAAACUCUGCAAUCACCAAAGGGCGAUGAGUGCAUUGAAGAUAAACUUGAAGAUUUUGAGAGGGCUUCAUUGCAACGAACAAGUAUUGCAGAACGUCGGCGACUGUAUGAAAACCGUUCUGUUUCUGUUCAAGAGACAAGUAUUUCAGAUAAGCGCAGUCCCACAACUCUUAGUCCUACACCUCUGAGGCGUCGUGAUUCACUUAAAUCACAAAAACCUAUCUUAGAAGAGGAUAAACCUCAAAGAAAAUUGACAGAUCAGCCAACAAGUAAAACACCCCCAAUGGAAAGGAAACUGGAGCCUGUAACAACACCAACACCGAAGAGAACAUCGACUGUUUUUGGCCGUGUAUCAAAAUUCCGGCAUUUGAAAGGCACCCCUUUGCACAAGUCAACACAUAUUGAGAACAUACGCAAUGUCAGCAGACAGAUUUCUGGUGAAUGUGAUGGAUUUCAUGCAAACUCUGAACGUGUUGCUGUACCACUCAGUGGACCUGGUGGCAAGAUAGCGGUGUUCGAAAUAAGCAGAACCGGCAAGCUGCCAGAUGGUGUAAUACCUACACUUGUGCAGGGAACCAAUGUAAUGGACUUUGCUUGGGAUCCAUUUGAUUCCAGCAGAUUGGCAGUUGCUUGUGAUGAUGGAACCAUAAGAUUGUGGUUGGUACCUGAAGGAGGCCUCCCAGAGCCAACGAAUACUCCUGAUCAGAUAUUAGCUGGUCAUUCAGAGAAGAUAUACUUCAUUAAGUUCCAUCCUUUGGCAAAAGAUAUUCUGGCUUCUGGCUCUUAUGACAUGACAAUUCGGAUCUGGGAUCUAGCAACACAGUGUGAAAAGAUUGUACUUCUUGGACACACGGACCAGAUGUUCUGCUUUGCGUGGAGUCCUUGUGGAGCAUACUGUGCAACAGCUUGCAAGGAUGGCAAGCUAAGAGUGUAUGAACCCAGAGUGGAUGUCCAACCCAUUCGAGAAGGAAAGGGUCCAGUAGGUUCCAGAGGAGCAAGAAUUGUUUGGGCCCUGGAUGGACAGUUCCUUGUUGUUACAGGAUUUGACAAGGUUUCUGAAAGACAGAUACAGAUUUUUAAGGCAGACAGUCUGAAUUCGCCUCUGAAUACAGUUGGUUUGGAUGUUUCUCCAGCUAUACUCAUUCCUUUUUAUGAUGAAGAUAGUUCUACCCUUUUUGUUACGGGGAAGGGUGAUUCUACAAUAUAUGCAUUUGAGGUAACAGAAGAGGCACCAUACUUGUGUCCUCUUAGUCACCAUCGCUGUAACUCGUUGCAUCAGGGCCUCUCAUUCCUACCUAAGAAUGUAUGUGAUGUGAGCAGUGUUGAGUUUGCUCGAGCUAUGAGGCUCACAAAUAACACCAUAGAGCCUCUGUCCUUCACUGUUCCAAGGCUGAAGAGUGAGUUAUUUCAAGAUGACCUGUUUCCACCAACAAAAGUAACAUGGAAACCAACCAUGACCAGCACUGAAUGGAUGGGAGGAUUCAACAAAACUCCAUCUCGGUUAAGUCUCAAGCCACAAGGCAUGGAAAGCUUGUCAGAAACACAAGGUUGUCAAGACAAACAAAAUACUUCAUCUCAAGGAAAGACAAUAUCUAGUCUUGUCCAGCAGCCAUUCAACAGGUUGGCAUGGAAUGCUGAGAUGUCGGAUGCUACCAAAGAAACACAAGAGCAGAUACAACGAGCUGUGAGCAGCCGCAUGGAGGUUAACUUGAAGCUGGAACAAGAUGACAUGGAAGGAGUGGAUGACCGUGAAUGGGAGGACUGAAAUUACAGCACUGAAUCAUCAAGACUACACAAUCUACAUAGGGACCACACCACUUUUUAUGGAUCUUUUUAAUUCCACUGCUGCAGCAUUGGAAGAACCAGGGUCAUUUUAAAACUGAAAGCACACAAUUCUCACUUUCAGUGAAUUCACUGCCACAGUAUGAAAAGUCUCUUAUAACAACUAAUUUCCAGCACUUCUGUGAGAUUUGUCUCUGCUGACUGAAUUAAUAUAUGGGUCAAGUUCUGCUCUGUCACCAGUUAAUGCUUUUUGAAUUUUCAGAUUGACAUUCUUAUACACUCCAGGCUCUUAAAAUGUCAAUGACAGCCCACGCGCAAAGUGUAAUAAAAGAAACAAAAAAUGUAAAAUGCUUGUAAACAUUGUUAAUAAUGACUGAGGAUAUUGAGGGCUGUCAAACUGUCCUUCAGAUUAAAACAUAGUGUUGAUCUUUUUGCUGGGCCACUUUUAUUUGUUAACUCGGCAGUGUGGCCCGUCUUAAUUGACAAUUAGCCCAAGAAUAAUGUUAGAUACAUUUUAACUGAACUGCCUGUUUUAUAUAUAUAUAUAUUUAAAAUAUUUAUGAUAUGUGUGUUUAUAGUGAACAGUACUAAGAAUAUGAACUAUUCUUAAUAUACAGUAUCCAAGAUUGUUUUCUGUUCUGGAUUGGAACAAAUUCACUCAGUGUCAUAUUAAUUUUUUUUAUUUUUUUUGCAUGUCCAUAUUCAAAAGGCACUGUUGUGUCUUCAUGUAUUUUGUUUAAAAUGAUCUGGUUGUCAUAUUUUAUGUAGUAAGUUUACAAAUGCAGGGUAAGAUAAGUUCAAACCUCUUUCAGCAGUAUACAACUGUGUUAAAAACCAUAUUAUUUUAAAGCUCUCUCUCUCUCUCUCUCUCUCUCUCUCUCUCUCUCUCUCUCACUCUC